CCAAAAAUUGGAGGUAGAACAGAAACCCUAGCAUUCGCCUCUGCUCCUUCGUCGUCUCUCUUGGCCUCCAUUUUUACGGAGAUAGGUUAAUUCGAACUUCAAGCAAUGGCAACGACGGAGAGCACGGUCUUACAAUUUUCACAGUCUUCUAACACGUUAUCUGCGAAGGUUCACCCUCUGGUUAUCUUCAACAUUUGUGAUUGCUAUGUGAGGCGCCCUGACCAGGCAGAUCGAGUAAUCGGUACUCUUCUUGGCUCGGUUUUACCUGAUGGAACCGUUGAUAUUCGCAACUCUUAUGCUGUUCCUCAUAACGAGUUUUCGGAUCAGGUUGCUCUGGAUAUUGACUAUCAUCACAAUAUGUUAAGUUCCCACCAAAAAGUUAAUCCAAAGGAGGUUAUCGUUGGAUGGUACUCAACUGGUAUGGGAGUUACGGGUGGCAGUGCAUUGAUACACGAAUUUUAUUCUAGAGAAGUUGCAAACCCUAUUCAUCUGACCGUUGAUACUGGAUUUAACAAUGGUGAAGGAACAAUAAAAGCCUAUAUCUCUGUCAAUUUGUCCCUCGGAGAUAGACAGCUUGCUGCUCAGUUUCAAGAAAUUCCUUUAGAUCUUCGAAUGAUCGAAGCUGAGAGACUUGGAUUUGAUAUUCUGAAGACAACUUCUGUUGAUAAACUGCCAAAUGAUUUGGAAGGAAUGGAAGCUUCAAUGGAGAGAUUGCUUGCCUUAAUCGACGAUAUUUACAAAUAUGUUGAUAACGUUGUGGAAGGGCAUGUUGAGGCAGACAACACGAUAGGGAGAUUUCUUGCUGACACUGUAGCCUCUCUUCCAAAACUGUCGCCAGCUGCUUUCGAUAAGCUGAUGAAUGACAACGUGCAGGACCAUUUGCUGUUGCUGUAUUUAUCAAGUAUCACCAGAACACAGCUGAGCUUGGCUGAAAAGUUGAAUACGGCUGCUCAGAUUCUGUAACUUCUUCAACCGAUUUUGCGUGUUAUUUAUUUGGUGAUUGACCAAAAAUCUAAGAAUUCGGGUACUUGGUCCUACGAAAUGCUCCCUUCCCCUCCUGAAAACCUUUUUUUUUUCUUAUAAAUGUUGAGUUCAUUGUCAGAUUCUCUUAUACUGCGCUGCUUUGUGGAAUAUAUUGCCUAGUUUAACGGACGAGGGUUGUACUACCAUUAUUACCAUCAAGAACAUUGCCCAGAUGCCCAAUUUUCCGCCCAUACUCUGGAGUAUAAUUGGUCGUUUAAAGGCAACAAUAUGAUCCACUUUCAAUUUUCUAGAAGAUGAGAUACUAUUCCCGUUGGGGUUA